ACUUCGCACAUGUGUACUGAGUUAUGGCUCAUGGAUUUCAGCUGAGUUUCUUGUCUGUAUCCUGUCUAUUCUGUCAUAGUCUAACAUAAUAGUCGUGACACUCACUGCUGUAAAAGUCAUUACCGUUUGACAGCUGAAGCUACACUAACACUCCAAGCAGGGAAUAAGGAGAAUAUCAGAUGCGUCGUGACUACAGGGACCUACGGUUACCUCCUUCCUCUUUCCAACGAGCAGUCGAUCUCCUGCGCCACAACACUGAGUUCACCCUAGCAGCAUCUCUGCGUCAGGAGGAAGCUAAUUCAGGAACUAUUAUUGCCUUUUCACAUGGUUUUAACAGGUAUUUGGAGCUGCAGUCAAGUGGUAGGAAAGAUGAAAUUCGUUUACACUACACAGCUCAGUAUGAUGCAACCAUCCAUGUGGAGGUAUUUCCAUACAGACUGGCAGACAAUACAUGGCAUAAAGUGGCUCUUUCAGUAUCAGGUGCUCAAGUUGAACUCCUAGUUGAUUGCCAAAUACUUUAUCGUCGGUUAAUUCGGAUGCCUGAUCGUAAUUUUACUGCACCACAGUUAUCACUAUGGGUUGGUCAGAGGAACAGCAAGCAUUCCUUCUUUAAGGGUGCUGUAGAAGAAGUACGUAUCAUUGCUGGCCCUCAUGGAUACCUGAAGCAAUGCCCUCUGUUAGAUUCAAGCUGCCCUACAUGUGGGCAGUUUUCUUUGCUGCAGAGUACAGUUGAGCAGCUGACACAGAAUCUGUAUGAUCUCUCACAAAAACUCAUUGCAGCAGAAGAACGAAUAAGUAAAGUUGAAUCAUGUGAUUGCUACAAGUCAUGCCGUGUCAAUGGGUCAAUACAUACAGAUGGUGCAUCUUGGCAACAUGAUUGUGAAAUUUGUUCCUGUGUGCAUGGAGAUAUUCAGUGUCGACCUGUGCAGUGUCCAGAAGUCAACUGUAAGAAUCCUGUCCGUGAACCAGGAAAAUGCUGCCCUGUCUGCCGAAAACAGUGUCUCUUGAGAGGAGUGAUGUACGAUGAUGGUGAAUCAGUGAACCUACGCACUUGUGUGGACUGCCAGUGCCGGAAUGGUUUCAUGCAUUGUGUACGCCGUGAUCCAAACAUCACAUGUCCGCCACUUCCUUGCAGCCCACAGGAGCAGUUCUCUGUUCCUGAGGAAUGCUGCAAAUUCUGUCCUGGGGUGGAUUACUGCAAAAAGGGACAUAUGUGCCAUGAAAAUGCUACUUGUCUCAACUUACAAACUACUUAUGCAUGUCACUGCAACACUGGAUUUUCUGGAGAUGGUCAUUUGUGCCAUGAUGUGGAUGAAUGCCAGCAAGAAGGUGGACUCGAUGGACAUCACUGCCAUUCCAAUACUCGCUGUGUCAACACUCCAGGCUCUUAUGUAUGUGAAUGUUUGCCUGGUUAUCGACGUCUUGAUAAGUUCAAUUGUGUGGAGUUGGAUGAAUGUAGCACAGGAGAACAUGGAUGCCAUAGCCAUGCUUCAUGUGUCAACACACUGGGAAGCUACCGCUGUCAAUGCCAGCAGGGCUAUGAAGGCGAUGGAUACAACUGUAAACCUGUGUGCAAUCAGACCUGCUUGAAUGGUGGAGAGUGCAUUGCACCAGGAAAGUGCCAGUGCAGACAAGGUUAUGUUGGUGACUAUUGUGAACAAGAUCUUGAUGAAUGUAGCACUGAGAUGCAUAACUGCCAUCAAAGCUCACAAUGUGUAAAUAUGCCUGGUUGGUACUACUGUCGCUGUAAAACUGGUUUCCGUGCAUUGCCUCACCACGAUUCUGUCCUGGGAGCGAUAUGUCAAGAUGUAGAUGAGUGUUCUGAAGGUCUCCACACAUGUCAUCCCUCUGCAAAAUGUAUUAAUACAGAAGGGAGUUUUCAGUGUUCUUGCAGUGAUACUGAAACACCCAACUGCAAACUAAGUUGCAUGUUUGAGGGAGACGAACUAAUGAAUGGUGGAGUUGUGACCCCAAAAGGCAGACCAUGUCAUCGCUGUGAAUGUUCUGAUGGUGUUGUCUCCUGUCAUGAUCCCAUAUGUGACUGCAGCCAACGGAGCAGUCGUAAUGAUAAAUGUUGUCCUCAGUGUGAUCCUAGUGCAGCUUGCCAUCAUCAAGAACUGAGGCAUGUUGUGUUUCGAAGUGGUGAACGUUGGAUCUAUCAGUGCCAAACAUGUGAAUGUCUGUAUGGAGAGAUUGACUGCUGGCCAAUGGAGUGCCCUCCUCUGCUGUGCAGUGAGCCCAUCCUGGCACCAGGUGACUGUUGUCCACGUUGUGAAGAUGAUCCCUGUCCACUGGAUAGAGGUGACAAUGGCAGUUCAGGACAGCCCUGUACAUAUGCUGGACACUUGUUUGAAUCAGGCACUCAGUGGCAGAAUCCUCACGACAAAUGUAGUACCUGUAAUUGCAAAGAUGGGAGGCUUUGCUGCAGUUAUGACUACAGUUGUGGUGACAGCCAGCUCAACAAGUCUGCACAGCCUACUGGAAGUACUUCACAUUCUUUACAGCUUAAUAGUGUUAUUAGUAAAGUUCCUGAUGAAAAUUCCCAAGCUAGGGUGGCAAGCUUAUUGUCAUCGCAAGCACAAGUUCGGCAGAUUACUCAGUAUGCCACUAGCAACAAGACAGUGGACAAAAGGUUAUCACAACCUGGCACAGAAAUGCCAGAGAACAAGACAAAACACUUUGCUGCUAGUGCUGUUUCUAACAGUUGUGAUGAUGGGUCAUCUUGUAGUGGGGACAGCCCAAUGCCUAAGACUCCAGCUCUUCCUAAAAAUUCUGGAGGUGGUCAUAUUGACACAAUUCCUGAAAAAACUGGUGUUAGUGUGGGACAGAUUGUUGAAAGUGUUACAGAAAAGGCUGUGGAGAACACCAGCUCACCACAGGCUUCAAUGGAUAUUGACAAUGGUGAUCACGUGGCCUGAAUUAACAAAUGUGAAUCGGUAAGAGCGAAACUUGUGAUUCUAAGUGUAUGUGGUUCAGUAAUGAAGCCAAAAGAAGAAAUGAAAUAAAGCAUAAGGAAGCUUACAUAUGUGGUUGAGAAGAUCUAGUUUUAGUAGACCUGGGAGUGAGAGCAGCUGUUAGUUGUUUGCAUACAGGUGAGUGCCUGUCUUAGAUUCAGGUAAAUUAUGUUUGUGAAAUUGUUGUGGGCACAGUGCCUGUUGCUUGUGAAAGAGAACAUUUCCUCUUAAUGAGAUAAUACUUAUCUAAAUACAUAAACUGAACUGAAGUAUUAAUGUAGGCAAAUGUGUGGAACUGAGCUUUGUAGAUAUAUUUAUACA